AUGUCUGCAAGUACUUUGAUAAUGAGUGCCAUUUAUACUUCAACCUUUCAUGAUAAUCCUCAAUUUUCUAUUAAUACUUUGAAAUAUGCGUUAAGACAAGCAUCAUUCGUUCAGAAAAUAACCAUCAACUCCAAGAUUAAGGAAAUUGAAGUUAGACACGGCUAUCAAAUGACAACCGAGUUUAGUACUAUGCUGCUACAAGCUCAAAAGGUGGAAAAUAGAUUGCUAAUGUUCAGAAAAUUGUUUUGGCAAUACUUUGUUAGCAAUGAAGACGAUCAAAACAAAAUUAACGCUAUCGUUCAUGCCAUGUACAAAACUUUUGAGGAAGGAAAGGUAAUUUAUGACCUGCUAGUUGUUUCCAAUCCUGAAAAUCAAGUUCUAGCAAAAAAGAGAGCGUUAUAUUUUGAUAAUUUCUUAUUUAGAAAGGUAAUGACCAGUAAGAAGUCAUCACCUUCUUUGAAUAAGGAAGCUACUGGUGAGGAUAGCAAAUCGACAAUUUCGAACAGGUCUACACAGAAUCCAGAGGUAACAAAGAGCCAACAGGUACAAGUGAAUGAUCAAGCCCACGAAUACACUGAAAAGGUGUACAGAGAGGCAAUUAAUACCAAGUUUACUAUGAAACUAACCUUCCUAUUUUUGAUUUAUGAUGCCAUUGCUCUGCUAGCUAUUUCAGUUGGAAUAAUUAUUGGUGUAAUCUCUUCUCUUCAUGGAGAUGAACUUGUAAGAAUCUUACACGCCUGUCAAUUCACUAAUGUUCCGUAUUCUCUAUUGAGGGAAGUUAGAUUGGCUUAUUAUUUUAGAAAUGAUCCUUCCACUUAUAAUUUUAACAAUUUUUAUGAAAGAAUUACUGCUUUAAAGCACCUUACAGAAGAUGGCAAAAUUAAAAGCUAUUCACAUCUUUCUGGAGAUGCUUUAAACUAUUACUCUGGGAAUAACUUCCCAGUCAUGGUACCCACAAUUUCUGCUGAUAAUAGAGUAUCCUAUAAGUGGCAAAAUGUAUCAAUUGCCUCCUUGAUAUCCGAUAUCGAAGUAGUUGUCAACAAGUUAAAUUCAUGGAAUAUUAACAGCUUCCAAAAUUUAGAGAGCAAUUAUGAAUAUUUGUACCUCUCAUUUAACCAUGAAUUAACAUCUGGGUAUAUGGACCAGUAUUGCCAGUCUCUCACAAAUGGAGUGGUAAAUCACCCAUACGAUGAGGCAGUAAUAGUCAACUCUGUUUUGUUAGGUCUACUUGUAGUAGCCACUGUUAUUGUAAUCGUAUUACUAGCAACACUUAAUAUCAAAGAAAAGAUAAUCAGUCUCUUUUCAAAAAUACCAAAAGAUAUUGUGGGAAUUCUGAAUAUUGAGUUGGAAAAGCAAACUGAUAAGAAGUGCGACAAUAGCUCAUACUCUGAAAUAUUUACAUUCAAAGUGAAAUUGUUGAUGGUUCUUUUGGUAAUAUUUCUAGUUUGUGUUACUUCCUUAUCAGUAACAUUUUAUGAAGCUUACAGUUUAGAUUUCAGUUCUAGAAGCUCAACUUUAAAGCUUGGUUACAUGUCUUCCCUACUGAUAAAUCUUCAUAAGGAUCAAUUAAUACUAGAAAACAAGAUUAUUAAUGGAUCUAGCAAUAGUUUGGGUUCUUCCAACAAUGCUAUUGAACGUUCAUGGAUCGUUUUUAGAUAUGGUAACCAUAACUAUCCAACAACUUUACAUUCUAUAUCAAGCAAUGCCAAGUUCUUACUUGAAGGUAAUAGUAGUUGUGGUACAAUUAAUUGCACAGGUCUUGAUUCAUUAUUAGAGAAAUAUGUAAUGAAUAUGGACUCUAUUGCCUUCAGUACUAAAUUGUCCAAUUCCACUCUUGUAAUGUUUUCCACCCUACUCUCUGCAAUUUCAGCUAAGAUACAUUCUCUUGGAGAUGAUUUAGUAGAUCCAAUAGUGGGUGUUCAAACCAAAUUGGCUCUUGGUGUUUUCUCUGGAGCUUUUGUUUUGAUAUUGAUUAUUGCAGGAUUACACUACGCAGAGCUGCGAGAAUAUGUUGAUGAAUUACUAGAUAAGUUAUUGGUUGCUACCGAAUCUGCUGGAGAACAUUUGGAAUUGGAAGCAGUCAGAAAGAAUGGCAGUUCUCUCUCAGUUGGUGUGUCCGUAUCUGUUUUCCACCAUGAAAAUAAGAAUCUAAUUACAAUGCUAUUGAGGGAUAUUACUUUCGAAAAAAAGCACAAAUUAUUGCUGGCAGAGGAGAGGAAGAAAAGUGAUAAUCUACUAUUGAACAUUCUACCAGAACGUAUUGCUCAAAGAUUGAAAGCUGGUGAGACAAGUAUCUCUGAAAAGUUUGAUGAUUGUACAUGUCUGUUCAGUGAUAUGGUUGGUUUCACCAAAAUGUCAUCAGGUCUCACUGCCUAUGAAUUGGUGCAACUUCUCAAUUCAAUUAUUAAUGGUUUCGAUUCUUAUAUUACCCCUCUCGGUUUGGAGAAGAUCAAGACGAUUGGAGAUGCUUACUUUUGUGUAGGAGGACUGAAUGGACAGACAGAUCACCCGGAAAAAGUAAUUACAUUUGCCAUUCACAUGCUAUCUGUCAUUAAUAACUACAAUACCAAGAACAAUACCAAACUCAACAUCAGAGUUGGAAUCCACACUGGUCCAGUAAUUGCUGGUUGUAUUGGCCAACAGAAAUUUGCAUAUGAUUUGUGGGGUGAAACUCUAAUUAUUGCCAAUUUGAUGGAAUCUAAGGGAGUACCAGGAAGAAUUCAAGCAUCAAGAAAGACCUAUGAAAGAGUAUAUGAUAUUUUCGAAUUUGAGGAAAUCAAGGGAAUUGAACUAAAACCAUCAGUGCUCGUAAAUACCUACUUACUCAAAGAGAAGCAUCAUGACAUUAAUACAAACUUUAGUGAUGGAUUUGAUAAAAUGUUUGCAGGUCUCAAUAUGUUCAGUCCAAAAACCUAUAACUUUUCCAAGAUCAUUCAAGACCGCUCUCUCAUUCAAGGAUUCAAGGAUUUCUUCACAGACUCUGAAAAGGUGAAUAUCAUUAACUUUUACGAGUUGUGUCAAGAGUAUGUGAGCUCUCCAAUUCCAAGUCUUCGUUAUAAUAUGGCAGAGAAUAUGGUAAGAGAUUACCUUGAAGAAACUGCUCCCAAAAGAUUGCAAUUAAAGUAUGUGAAGAAUGCUUUUGGCCCAUUUCAAAUGAAAUUCAAGGACUGUAAUGAUGAUAAUUGUCCUUCUGAUUUAUUUGAGAACUUCCAAAACCUAUGUCUCAAAGCAUUACGAGAAGAAUUUCCAGCAUUCAUCAAGUCGAAGAAUUUCAAUAAGUUCUUGGAGCAAAAGAAACGUAACCCAGAACAGCUGAGACCUUAUGUGAAGGAUGAAAAUGAUGAUGAUGAUGAGGAUGAUGAGAAGGCCUUCUUCAAGUUUUGUGAAAAGUGUGGAACUGAAAUUAUCAAUUUGGAAAACCACCGUUUCAAUGAUUAUGAAUUUAACAAUAGAAAGGAACUCUUGUUAGAGUUGAAUCAGUGGAGUAUUCACUUUGAGGGUAGUGGUGGUAAGACCUAUAUCAGUCCUGAGGUUGCUCACAACCAUUUGAGUAAUAGUAGAAGGCACGUUCAACUCAAGUAUGUGUACGAUAUGAAUUGCAAACACAAGGACCUUUUCAAUGCUUGGAUUGAUGAAAAAUCCCUCUCAACACGAGUAGCACAAUUAACCUCCUCCAAACAUGUUGAUUCUGUACAGGUUGGAAAGUACAUGCACGUGGUUUGUCAUGAAAACUUCAAGAUGCCCUUCCCACGCUCCAAGAGAGAAUUUGUUCAUGCCUAUUCUUGUUCUUACAAUCCAAGUGAAGAAGUCUACAUGUGUAUAUCACGUAGUAUUAACAAUCCGAGAGCACCUCCAUCAAGACAAAUUCGUGGAGAAAUCAAGACUGCCUUCAUGGUCAAAAAGUUGUCUGAAACCACUUGUAGAUAUUACUAUUCUGUUAUUAUUGAUUGCAUGGGAAUGCUCUCACCAGAGUAUUAUACCAAGAAUAUUUACAAGGAAAUUCAACAAGAUUGUUUCCAUGUCAAUUUGGUUAAAUUUGUUGAUGAAUUUGCAAAGGAAAAUCGACAACCUUCCGGACCAUUGGUAAAUUCACUCAAUUAUUAUUUGGAACAUCAUGAUAGUAGUAAAUAA